GCGGGCACGGCCGGCGGCGCAGUUCCGCCCGCGCGCGUCGUGUCCCCGUGGACGGCUGGGCCUCGCUGCGGGCCUGCGCCUCCCUCGGCUCUUGCCGCGGGUCUCGGGGAGUGGGGUGACUAACUAAUUGAUCAGGGAAUUACAGAAGGAUGCCAGCUAAUAACCACAGAAGGAAUGAGAGAAUAUCAGCUUGGCAACCCCUAAUGAAAUAAUUGAUCCUGGAAAUGAUCAUUAGUGGCUGUUAACGUCAGAAAAAGAGAGACAGCCAGACAGCAUGUGCUCCUUGAUGGAAGUACCCAAUAAUACCACUUGUCAAGUAUUCUUAGACGAUGGGUGAGGGAUAAAGAUGAAACAGGACUGACCGGUGGAAGAUGUCUAUGGAUGUGACAUUUCUGGGGACAGGCGCAGCCUACCCAUCCCCAGCCCGGGGUGCCUCUGCUCUGGUCCUUCGGUGUGAAGGCGAGUGCUGGCUCUUUGACUGUGGGGAGGGAACCCAGACGCAGCUUAUGAAAAGCCAACUUAAAGCAGGGAGAAUUACUAAGAUCUUCAUCACGCAUCUUCAUGGAGACCAUUUCUUUGGCCUUCCUGGCCUCCUCUGCACAAUCAGCCUGCAGAGUGGCUCCAUGGUCACCAAACAGCCGAUUGAAAUCUAUGGCCCUGCGGGGCUUCGGGACUUUAUCUGGCAAACCAUGGAACUUUCUCACACGGAGUUGGUCUUCCCUUAUGUGGUCCAUGAGCUGGUGCCUACAGCGGAUCAGUGUCCUACAGAAGAACUGAAAGAAUUUGUACACGUGAAUAAAGCAGACCACCCUCCCAAAGACGGACAGGGAAGAACUAUCCUGUUAGACUCAGAAGAAAACUCAUACCUCCUGGUUGAUGAUGAACAGUUUGUUGUGAAAGCAUUUCGCCUCUUUCAUCGAAUACCCUCCUUUGGAUUUUCAGUUGUGGAGAAGAAACGCCCAGGUAAACUCAAUGCACAGAAACUGAAAGAUCUUGGUGUUCCGCCAGGUCCUGCCUAUGGGAAGCUGAAAAAUGGAAUUUCUGUUGUUUUGGAAAACGGAGUUACAAUUUCUCCCCAAGAUGUCUUAAAAAAGCCUAUUGUUGGAAGAAAAAUCUGCAUUUUGGGUGACUGUUCUGGGGUUGUGGAUGAUGGAGGAGUGAAGCUGUGCUUUGAAGCAGACCUGUUGAUCCAUGAAGCAACCCUGGAUGACACCCAGAUGGACAAAGCAAAAGAACAUGGCCACAGCACGCCACACAUGGCAGCGGCAUUUGCAAAGCUGUGCCAAGCAAAGAGGCUCGUUCUGACUCACUUCAGUCAGAGGUACAAACCAGUUGCCUUGGCCAGAGAAGGAGAAACAGAUGGGAUCGUAGAGCUUAAAAAGCAAGCCGAAUCAGUGUUAGAUCUCCAAGAAGUGACUCUAGCAGAAGAUUUUAUGGUGAUUGGCAUUCCAAUCAAGAAAUGAAGCCAGUGUUCCUGAAUGCGUUCUGGUGUGUUUGUGAAUAUGUUACUGAACCAACAGUCAAAUUCGUUGUUGUUGUCGUCGUCGUUUUGGUCUAAAAUUAUCUGGGUCCUAACAGUCCUAACAAGGAUGGAGCUGCGUUGCUGAACUAACUCAGCACUGAGAAGGGAGCAAGCUUUGUGAUAAUAGAUCACUUUAAAAAGAAUAAAACCAGAACCCUUCUUCAAGUCCACGUUUGACAAAACGAUCGACUAUUCAGGUGCACAGGUUUCGUGGCUGCCGCCUCGGAGGGUGGCCGAUACGCCACGCAAUCCUGGGCGUAGCUUCUGCCCGGCUUUAUUGCUGUGGUCGGCAAAGCAGUAGCAGGGCUUGGCCCUCCUGGCUAAAAAUGGUAUUUUGGCAGUUUGUGUUGAAUCUGUUCGUGUUAUUAACAGAAUAGAGAGAAAUGUAAUGAGACAUUGGAUAUGAAGGGUUGAAGCUGGCACGUUAAGUCUUGAAUUCUUUGCUUGAAUACUGAGUGCAGAGUCAGGCUAGGUGUUUAUCCUCCAAUUAAUAUUUUAUUGAACUUUCCAGUUUGCUUUAAACCUGUGGUUCUCAGUUGGAGGUGAUACUCUCCCUUAGAUGGAGUUUUGAAAUUGUGGGGAUGUCUCUUGUCAAAACUAGGGGGGGUUACUACUGGUAUUUAGUCAGUAGGGGCCAGGAUGCUAGAUCCUACAAAGUUUGGUCAGUCCUAAACAGUGAAGAAUUAUCUCAUCCCAAGAUGCAUAUUGCAGGCCUGUUGAGAUACACAGCAAGUUAAAACUUAAACUCCCACUGUGAAUAUACUUUAUAAAAAUCAGUGGCAUACUGAGUUGAACUACGAGGUAAGUCAAAUCCUACAACAAAUCCUAAAAAGCUAGCUAAGUGAAUAUGUUGGAAUUGGAACAUCUUAUCAAAUAUUAUUUGUCAUAAAUGAGCUAUGAGCUGGAGCUUAUGAAUCUGGAGGUUAAAAAAUGAUACCUGUCCAACUUGCGUUUACGCUUUCCAAUAAAUAAUUCUUUGAGCACAAUUUUAGUAAAUGUUCUUUCUAGAAUAGCUUUUCUUCCUGAGUUGCCUUCCACCUCCCUUCUGUCUUUCAUGCGGUAUCUCUGACUCAUUUUCCCACAGUAUUUCUCAAAAUGUGUUAAUGGAAAGGUAGUCUCAAGUACUGAUUCAGUCAAAAGGAUUCCCUAAUCAAAUCAGUUUGGGAAACCCUGUAUGCUAUGUGUCCCUCUGGCAGAGUUCUAGUUCCCAUCGGUACAUUAAAGACAGCACUGCUUCAGGGAUCACCAGCCAGUCUUUGGUGCCAGAAGGACCUGAUUUCAGAGUCCCAUUCUUUACCUCAUGAUGGUGUGCUCUGGAGCAGAUUACUUACUCUCUGAGCUUUAGCUUGCUUAUCUCUAAAAAUGGGAAAAAUAAGAAUAAGACAGUGAAAAAUUAUCACUGAAAAAUAAGAGGGAAAAAAUUAAAUAAGACAGUGUAUAGAAGGAGCAUAGCACAUUGUUUCAAGGCAUAAAGUCCUGAAGUACAGAGGCCUGUCAACUCUAUUGAACCCCUUUCUGAGUCAUAUUUCUCCGUAUACUAUCUAUUAACAUCUCAAGAACCUAAGAGUUUAUUGUACACUCACUCAGAAAUCCUGUCAUGGUGAAUACUGUUAAAUUUCUUUCGGUCCUGGGGCUUUUCUAGUAAAAAUUGACUCCUGGAUGGGUCUGGAAUCCCUAGAGUAGUAAUAAUCAAAUGGGUCUAGUUACUCAGUAUCUCAGUCAUUCUGAAGCAGUCUCCAGAAUGGUCUGAUUCAGCCCUACUCUAGGCUCCCGGCCUGCCAAAGUACCAAAGUUGACCAGACUUAAAGUGUAUCUUGAUUUCUGAACUCAAUUCAAACAAGCAUUUAUUAGAUACCAACAGUGUGCCAAAACCUGUACAAGAGGGAAUGGCUAGUAGUAGUACCUCUAAUGCCUGGAGCUCUUGUGGGUAAAGAUUAUAUCUUAGUCACCUCUGCAUUCUUGGAAAUACCCACCCGUAGUAUGCACUCAGAAAUAUUUAUUGAAUGAAAUGAGGCCUUGAUGUCAUGAAUGCACAGAAUUUAUGACCUAAAGUUUAGAACCUGUGCCUAGCCCAUUUUAUUACUGUAUUUGUCCAAAAAUUUUAGCUGCCUGAUUGGUGGUACCCCAUUCACUGUGUUGGGAGUACAUAAAUGAAUAUAAGACAAAAUUUCAGGCUCACUGUCUAAGUGCUAAAGACUGAUAGGUAAACCAAAGUAAGUACGCAGUUCCUGAUUUUAUAGCAUACCACUCAAUUUUGCUGUUCCUGAGCAUUCCUUGAGAGCUGACUUGAGCUCUAGCCCUUAGAAUCAGGCUCUAUUGAUAAGUGUGGGCUAAGCCCUCAGAGAACAUGGGAAUGUGGACGAAUUGAUAUGUUGCAUUAAGUGUAGGGUAUCAGUUCAUGGUGAGAGUUCUUUCUUGGACUCUCUUCCGGCCUAGAAUUUGUUCUUAAUGGUAGAACACAUUCUAAGAAUUUGUGGAGCUAGAAUUAAGAGUGAAUCUUAAAUUGGAUUUCCUAGAGCUUGUAAUUUGUUCAUGGUUAAUGUGACUCCAGAUGGGAUUAGAAUAUGUGGUGUUCCCCAAAUUUAUUUGAUCACUGAAUCCUCUUUUGCCAAGGAGCAUCUUGAAACACUGAGAAAUGCUGUUUCUUAAUACUCUGAAAAGUAUUAUAUUUAUAAUUUUUACCUGGACAAUUUAUUGAAGUAAUAAGUUCCAUAUCUACACCGAGUAUAGUAUUUUCUUUGUCUUAAACUGACUUUCCAAUUGUCAGGAAUUCAUAGGUUCUUGCUUAUUUUAAAUAAAUAUGCACUUUCUGUUUCUCUAAAGGUACUUAGACUUGCCCAAAUACACCCCAAAUCAUCUCUGUUUUCAAAUACCCAUGCCUCAUUAAUAUACUUUUAAUAAACUUUUAAACAUAAAAGCAGCAUAUGCUCAGUAGUUAACUUUUUUUAAAGAUUCAAGAAAAGAUGAUGAUUACUCAUAAUUCCACCAUCCAGAGAGCUACCGCUUUGGUCCAGUGAUCCUCAAACUGAUAUGUAAGUCAGUAUAACUCAAGGGAGUACAUAGGUGGACAAGGGUGCAUAGGUAGCCAGAGAUCCUUGGGCUGAUUCCAAAGACUCUAAUUCAGUAGGUCUGGGGUGGAACCCAAGAAUCUGCAUUUUUAAAAAACCACCCCCAGGUGAUUCUGAAGUAUAUGAGUGGUAGAACACAUGAGAAAAAAGCUGUCUUUAUUUAUGCACUUUGAAAAAUUGAAGUGUGUAUAAAUAUUUUAUGUAUAUUUAAACAUGCUUAUAGAUCUAUGUAUAUUACACACAUGCAUAUUUGUACAUGUAGGUUGACCUCAACUGUUUUUUCUCACUUAACAUGAACAUUUCCUCACAGUAUUAACU